AGACGUUUCCACGACUCUUCUCUCCUCUUACAGACAUUGCCUAUGUUUACAGCUGCCUGCAUGUCCCUCUAUUAACAAGGUGUAAGGCAGUGCUGUAAUUACUUAAGUCACAGAUGCCCUAUCAUGAACCAUGGAGGAGUGGAGAUAACAGGCAGAGAACAGGACUUGAUGUAUGACAGCCCAUAAUUCAUAAAGGAAGAGAAGGGAGAUACAAGAAUACAAGAUGUCAUGCAAGCAGGAGAUAAACACCAGGUUCAUGGUACAGUGUACAGACGACAGUGUAUUACUACUCUCAGAGACCAUAAUGGGAUUUCUUAAGUCAGGUGAUGACUGGAGAGCUUUCCUUCCAAGAAGCUCAUCUAACAAGAAUCACAGAAAGAGAAAGGAAGAAGGAGGAAGACGUGUGGCGAGAGACAUGUUAAAAGAAAAUUCUCAUAACAUAUGAAAGAAAACAGCUGAAAAUAGAAUGGAAAGAGACAGAACAAACCUCAAUAUCUGCAAAGACAAUAGGGGACACAAAGCCAUCAAACACAGUAGAAGGUUGCAGGACAACGUGGAGGGCAAGCAGGAACAAGAGGGAACCUUGCUGAUAUCCAUAUCACAGGCACUGGAGGAUAACGGGACAGAGAGUGAAGAUACAGAAAUGGGAAGUGGAGCUAGUGCAGAAGACAAGGAGCUGGCAAAGAGAUCUAAGGAGCUAGAAAAAAAACUACAAGAGGAUGCGGCAAAAGAUGCCAAGACAGUAAAACUACUACUGCUCGGUGCCGGAGAGUCUGGAAAGAGCACUAUAGUGAAGCAAAUGAAGAUUAUACACCAGAAUGGAUACUCAGAGGAGGAAUGCAUGGAGUUCAAGGCGAUUAUCUAUGGCAAUGUGCUACAGUCAAUCCUUGCUAUAGUCCGCGCUAUGUCCACCCUUGGUAUUGAUUAUAAAGACUCAAGCAAAGCGGAUGAUGGUCGGCUCCUUUUCCACCUUGCAGACUCCAUUGAGGAGGGUACAAUGCCUCCAGAGCUUGUGGAUGUGAUCCAGAGGCUUUGGAAAGAUGAUGGGGUGCAAGCUUCUUUUGAAAGGGCAGCAGAAUACCAACUGAAUGACUCUGCACCAUAUUACCUUAACGAACUGGACAGGAUCACAGCACUUGAUUACCUCCCAAAUGAGCAAGAUGUUCUCCGAUCUCGUGUGAAGACAACAGGAAUCAUAGAGUCGCAGUUCUCAUUUAAAGAUCUCCACUUCAGAAUGUUUGACGUGGGAGGACAGAGGUCAGAACGCAAGAAAUGGAUACACUGUUUUGAAGGGGUCACUUGCAUUAUAUUCUGUGGAGCAUUAAGCGCAUACGACAUGGUCCUGGUGGAAGAUGAGGAAGUGAACCGGAUGCACGAAUCUCUUCAUCUCUUCAACAGCAUUUGUAACCAUAAGUUCUUUGCCGCCACGUCCAUAGUGCUUUUUCUGAACAAGAAGGAUCUUUUUGAACAGAAAAUCAAGAAAGUUCAUCUAAGUAUCUGUUUCCCAGACUAUGAUGGUCCAAACACGUUUGAAGAUGCCGGAAAUUACAUCAAGUUACAGUUUCUUGAUUUAAACAUGCGGAAAGAUACCAAGGAGAUCUACGGCCACAUGACCUGUGCCACAGACACACAAAACGUUAAGUUUGUGUUUGAUGCAGUAACUGAUAUCGUCAUCAAGGAGACGCUGAAGGACUGUGGACUGUUCUGAAAGGCACAUUAGUUUUUGCUUAUUCUUUUUGAAACAGGAUUGUAACCAGUAACAAGAUCCCAGAGCUACACUUUGUGUAAGCAUUGACAACCCUUCCAUACUUAUAUAAUAUACGUAGCACAAGAAACAAGUAUGUAGGUGGUGUAACGUCUACAGCUCUACAAAAACUGGUAGCAAAUCUUUAAAGAGGACCUGUCACCACUCCUGACAUCCCCGUUUUAAUAGUUUCAUGCAA